GCGUGUAAAGCUUUUUCCGGUUGCGUCAUAGGAUUAUCUUCAGACAUCGCAGACAUCAAGCUGCAAGCUUCUGAAUCGAGCUACGUUACUUUUUCUAAUUUCAUCUAAUCUCCUUCACAAAGAGUUAUCAUGCGCGAGUGUAUCUCUAUCCACGUGGGUCAGGCUGGUGUCCAGAUUGGCAAUGCCUGCUGGGAGCUUUACUGUUUGGAGCACGGGAUCCAGCCAGACGGACAGAUGCCAUCAGACAAAGCCAUUGGGGGCGGAGACGACUCAUUCAACACCUUCUUCAGUGAGACUGGGGCUGGAAAGCAUGUCCCCAGGGCUGUGUUUGUGGACCUGGAGCCUACAGUCAUUGAUGAGGUGCGCACUGGGACCUACCGACAGUUAUUCCAUCCUGAGCAGCUCAUCACCGGCAAAGAGGACGCAGCCAACAACUAUGCCCGUGGACACUACACUAUUGGCAAGGAGAUCAUUGACCUGGUGCUAGACAGGGUCCGCAAACUGUCUGACCAGUGCACUGGUCUUCAGGGCUUCCUGGUUUUCCACAGCUUCGGAGGUGGCACUGGUUCUGGCUUCACCUCCCUGCUGAUGGAGCGCCUGUCUGUUGACUACGGCAAAAAGUCUAAGCUGGAGUUCUCCAUCUACCCAGCUCCCCAGGUGUCCACAGCAGUAGUGGAGCCUUACAACUCCAUCCUGACCACCCACACCACCCUAGAGCACUCUGAUUGUGCCUUCAUGGUGGAUAAUGAGGCCAUCUAUGACAUCUGUCGUAGGAACCUCGACAUUGAGCGUCCUACCUACACUAACCUCAACAGGCUCAUAAGUCAGAUCGUUUCCUCCAUCACCGCUUCCCUUCGAUUUGAUGGUGCCCUCAAUGUUGAUCUGACAGAGUUCCAGACCAACUUGGUGCCCUAUCCCCGUAUCCAUUUUCCUCUGGCCACCUACGCCCCAGUUAUCUCUGCAGAGAAGGCUUACCAUGAGCAGCUCUCUGUGGCAGAAAUCACCAAUGCCUGCUUUGAGCCAGCCAACCAGAUGGUAAAAUGCGACCCUCGUCACGGCAAGUACAUGGCUUGCUGCCUUCUGUACCGUGGUGAUGUGGUGCCCAAAGAUGUUAAUGCCGCCAUUGCCACCAUCAAGACCAAACGUUCCAUUCAAUUUGUUGACUGGUGCCCAACUGGUUUCAAAGUUGGCAUCAACUACCAGCCCCCCACUGUAGUUCCUGGUGGAGACCUGGCCAAGGUCCAGAGGGCUGUGUGCAUGCUGAGCAACACCACUGCUAUUGCAGAGGCCUGGGCUCGUCUUGACCACAAGUUUGACCUGAUGUACGCCAAGCGGGCUUUUGUUCACUGGUAUGUGGGUGAGGGCAUGGAGGAGGGAGAGUUCUCCGAGGCCAGAGAGGACAUGGCAGCCCUGGAGAAGGAUUAUGAAGAGGUGGGGGUUGACUCCAUUGAGGGUGAUGGACAAGAAGAGGGAGAAGAGUAGGCCUAUUGAAUUUUCAUGCAAGGACAGCACUAGAUACUUCAACUUAUGAAAGCACAGUUAGAAUAAUAUAUGCAUUUAUUUUAAGAGUAUUGUUUCCUUGCUGCUUGUUUAGGUUUAAAUCACCAGUAGUUUGUUUUAGUUGUGGUCACAUUAAUAAUAUAAUUUUUCUCAUUGAAGAUGCACCAAUAAAACUAUGUUUAAAUGAAUCUCAA